AGUGCUCCAACUACAAGUUUUUUACAACACAAAAUAGAGAGAAAGAAAAGAGAAAACUAAAGUUAGUCCAAUGUUGAAAAAAGAGAACAGUAACAAUUGGGCAAGGGUGUGUGACAGUUGCCAUUCCGCAACAUGUACCGUUUACUGUCGGGCGGAUUCCGCCUAUUUGUGUGCGGGCUGUGAUGCCCGCAUUCAUACAGCAAGUCUCAUGGCUUCUCGCCACGAGCGUGUAUGGGUUUGCGAAGCCUGCGAGCGUGCCCCUGCAGCCUUUCUUUGCAAAGCGGAUGCUGCCUCGCUUUGUGCCUCUUGCGACGCUGACAUUCACUCUGCAAACCCCUUGGCACGUCGUCACCACCGUGUCCCAAUUAUGCCCAUUCCAGGAACCAUUUAUGGUCCUCCAGCUGUUCACACCAUUACCGGUGGUUCUAUGAUGAUUGGUGGGACCACAGGGGAAGGCACCGAGGAUGAUGGAUUCUUGAGUUUGAAUCAAGAUGCAGAUGAUACAACCAUAGAUGAAGAAGAUGAAGAUGAAGCAGCUUCAUGGUUGUUGUUGAAUCCUCCUGUUAAGAAUAACAAUAAGAAUAACAACUAUGGGAUGUUGUUUGGUGGAGAAGUAGUGGAUGAUUACUUGGAUCUUGCAGAGUAUGGAGGGGACAGUCAAUUUAACGACCAGUACAGUGUUAAUCAGCAGCAACAACAUUACUCUGUUCCUCAGAAGAGCUAUGUUGAAGAUAGUGUUGUGCCAGUUCAGAACGGACAGCGAAAAUCUCUGAUUCUUUACCAAACGCCACAACAACAACAAAGUCACCACCUGAAUUUUCAGCUUGGAAUGGAGUAUGACAAUUCUAACACUGGAUAUGGUUACCCUGCUUCUUUGAGUCACAGUGUUUCCAUUUCGUCGAUGGAUGUCAGUGUUGUUCCAGAAUCUGCACAAAGUGAAACUUCAAAUUCCCAUCCACGACCUCCAAAAGGGACCAUCGAUCUGUUCUCAGGCCCUCCAAUUCAGAUACCUCCCCAGCUUACUCCAAUGGACAGAGAAGCCAGAGUCCUAAGGUACAGAGAGAAGAAGAAGAACCGUAAAUUUGAGAAAACCAUAAGGUAUGCUUCAAGAAAAGCCUAUGCAGAAACAAGGCCAAGAAUCAAAGGCCGAUUUGCAAAGAGAACGGACGUAGAGGCUGAAGUAGACCAGAUGUUCUCCACACAACUAAUGACAGACAGCAAUUAUGGAAUUGUCCCUUCAUUCUGAAUGCAACAAAGAGAAGAUCAACCACAAGCCCCUAAACCUAGAAUUAAUAUUGUAUCUCUUAGGUCAUUAUCGAUCUAAGGCUAUAGGAAAUGUACUACAGCAGCUUUCCACAGAGGAUUUGUUAAAUUCUCUGCUUUGUUGUAUAUGUAAAAAGAGUUCUUCCUUGUA